AUGACGCCAACUCUGCAACCAAAACAGGGUACCAGUGCUCAUGUAAACGAGCACGUCCUCAAAAACAAUAGCGGAGGACAAACUGGUAUCGACAUGAAUGUGCGAGAUGUCUGGGCUCGCGGAUACGCUGGCCAGAACGUCGUGGUCACGGUGCUGGAUGAUGGGCUCGAGACCGACCAUCCAGAUCUGGCUGCGAAUUACGUAUGUGCCCCAACUCACUUUCUACCCGAAUCUGUGCCUGCAAAUGUACAUGUUUGA